CGUUCUGUCUGUAAAAAGAAACAGCUGGCUUUUUAGCUAAGUCCAGGAAACGUGCGCAGUUGCUACCAGUAGCGGUAAGAACUGGAUGUGUUUUUGCACUGAGCGCAUAGAAUUGACCAUGCUGAAAAUAACAUGCUGACAUUAGCCGCGCUCUAGAAGCGGGUCUGUCACGGAACCGGUCGGUGACUGACAUGGACCAUAGCGACAACAAGGAUGUGAAGCUGUCCGCUGAGGUGGAGCCUUUCAUCCCGCAGAGGAAAGGAGGAGAUGUCGCCCCGGUGACCAUGAACUGGUCCAGAGAGGGGGGAGGGGCAGGAGCAGAGGCCACUCCCAUCCCAAGCUACCUCAUUACCUGCUUCCCCUUUGUCCAGGAAAACCAGCCUAACAGCAGGUACUCUCUGUGCACUGGGGAUCCUCGCUGGCAGCAGCCCAGCUCUGGUCCUGGGGGACCGUACCUGGCCUACCCCCUCCUGACCUCCCCCCAGGCCCCCGUGUCCAGUGACUAUGCCUAUUACCAGCUACUGCCAACCCCCUGCUCGCCCAUGAUGGGGUUCUACCCCCCCUUCUCCACGCCCUAUGGAGGGCCCCUGCAGACGGGCGUGGUCAGCCCCAUGCCGGCUGACUGCAGCGACCGCCCUCUGCCCCCCGGACAGGAAUUCAGUGUAGCCUGUCAGAGAGGGAGAGGCACCCUACAGACCCCUGUGCUACCCAUGCAGUUCUCUCAGCCAAUGAGAGCCAAGAGACCGCCCAUGAGGAGUGUGGCGGUUCAGAAAGAGACUGGAGUGUCGGGCCCAGGCAGCAGGUCAAAGACGGUCCUUCUGGUGGACGCCACUCAGCAGACCGAUUUCCCGGCGGAGGUUGCCGGGGCGACCCUGUCGGAGAGGGCCAGCCCGCUGCUGUGGAAGAGCCGGGUGCGGCGGAGGCGGGCGUCUCCCCAGGUGACUGAGUCGUCCAGCGAGCACGCUGCCAACGAAGCAGACAUCGACAGCGACAGCGGAUACUGCAGCCCCAAACACAACCAAACAAGAUUGGGCCUCCGCCCCCCUGACCCCGCCUCUACUACAGGAGUUGAAGCAGGCGUAAUGACCGCCUUGAGCUGGGUGAACAUGGCCUCACAGAAGCCUUGGAUGAAUCGGAAGGCCGCCUUUCUCCGAGCUGGAAGCGCACCUGAGCCAAGAAGCUAUGCCCAGCUGGACCUGCAGGCAGGACACCACGGGCGUGGCAGCAGCAUCAGUGUAGCUGCAGAGAGGGGGUGUGGCCUACAGAACAGGCUCCAGGACGGAGGGGUGCAGACUGCACGCACUCACACUGGGAUGACCACGGAGCCCCUAUAUUUUGAGGAUGAAGAUGAGUUUCCUCAGCUGGCCUCUACAGGAGCUCCUGUCUUGAGUAAACCAGAGGAAGCCCAGCCAAAAAUCACUAAAAAUGGGCUGGACAACCUUCCGGAGAGCUCGCCCAUCAGCAUUGUGCAGACACCCAUCCCCAUCACUACCUCCGUGCCUAAGCGGGCCAAGAGCCAGAGGAAGAAGGCGCUGGCGGCGGCGCUGGCCACGGCGCAGGAGUACUCUGAGAUCAGCAUGGAGCAGCGGAAACUGCAGGAGGCGCUGACGAAGGCAGCAGGGAAGAAGAGCAAGCUGCCGGUGCAGCUGGACUUGGGCGACAUGCUGGCUGCCCUGGAAAGGCAACAGCAGGCAAUGAGAGCCAGACAGAUCAACAACACCAAGCCCCUGUCCUACACAGUUGGCACAACAGCCGUCUUCCACUGCAGCGACAGGGGGGGCAGUGCAUCAGCGAUGAAGAGCCCCCACUACAGCGCACCUCACAACAUCCUGGACUCCAGCGCCCCCCGCAUGAAGAGAGGGAAGGAGCGCGAGAUCCCCAAAGUGAAAAGGCCCACCGCACUGAAAAAGGUCAUUCUGAAGGAGAGAGAAGGGAAGAUGGGAAGGCCCUCAGUGGAUCAGGACGGGACAGACCUGGAGGAGCAGGGAGACGAACAGCUGCACCUCUCACAGGGCGUGUCCCAGGAGGAUAAUGGACUGAGCAUGCCCAGUGAUGCCUCCCUGUCACCAGCCAGUCAGAACUCACCGUACAGCAUCACGCCCAUCUCCCAGGGGUCACCCGCCAGCUCGGGCAUCGGCAGCCCCAUGGCCACCUCUGCCAUCACCAAAAUCCAUAGCCGGCGCUUCAGAGAGUACUGUAACCAGGUGCUGAAUAAGGACAUAGAUGAGAGUGUGACGCUGCUGCUGCAGGAGCUGAUGCGUUUCCAGGAGCGGGUUUACCAGAAGGACCCCAUCAAGGCCAAAGCCAAGCGCAGGCUGGUGAUGGGCCUACGGGAGGUCACCAAGCACAUGCGGCUCCACAACGUCAAAUGUGUCAUCAUCUCCCCCAACUGCGAGAAGAUCCAGGCCAAGGGUGGUCUGGAUGAGGCUCUGUACAACGUCAUCGCCAUGGCGAGAGAGCAGGAGAUCCCCUUCGUGUUUGCGCUUGGCCGUAAGGCUCUGGGUCGCUGCGUCAACAAGCUGGUGCCAGUCAGUGUGGUGGGAAUCUUCAACUACUCCGGGGCUGAGGGCCUGUUCAGCCGGCUGGUGUCCCUGACGGAGGAGGCUCGGCGGGCGUACCGGGACAUGGUGUCGGCGCUGGAGCAGGAGCAGGCCGAGGAGGCGCUGAAGACGGUGAAGAGGGUCCCGCACCACAUGGGCCACUCGCGAAACCCGUCGGCCGCCAGCGCCAUCUCCUUCUGCAGCGUCAUCUCCGAGCCCAUCUCCGAGGUCAACGAGCGGGAGUACGAGACAAACUGGAGGAACAUGGUGGAGUCGUCUGAUGGUGCGGAGGCAGAGAACGAGGGCGAAGAGUGCGACCGGCAGGACGUCACGGCAGCCUACAGCGUGCCUGGCUCCGCCCCUCCGCCCGCCCCUGUAGCACCCCCGGCUGUGAGGGCGGGGGCGGGGCCGGAGAGGGAGGAGGGGCGGCCCGACGACCGGCUGGAGCUGGCGUCCCAGCAGAGCACGGAGACGGGGUCCCUGGACGGGAGCUGCCGCGACCGCCGCCUGCCCCCCUCCAUCACCAGCACGGCCAGCACCCUGGUGCCCGGCAUGCUGGAGGAGGAGGAGGAGGAAGAGGAGGGGGAGGAGCCCGUCUCCGUGGAGGUGCCGUCUGUCAGCAGCAGGAUUGAGUCCUGGGUCUCUGAGACGCUGCAGAACCUGCAGGUGGGAGGGGUCCGCGACAGUGCCGAGGAAGAGGAAGAAGAGGAGGAGGAGGAGGACGACGAAGAAGAGGAAGGUGGAGAAGUGGGGCACAGUGACGAGGAAGAGCUGGACUCCUCCGAGCUGUCCGAGCCAGGGCUGGACCCAGCCGAACAGACACUGGAGGCCUAGAGUGUCCCAUGCUGACUACUUCCUGCUUUAACCCCUCUCAUCUCAGGAAUCAGAAAGCAGACACUUCAACCAUUCAUAAAAACCCACCCUAUCACCAUCCAGCCUUACACAAACCACCCAGUGCACCAGCUUAACACCCCAGCCAUCACCAUAUAACUACCUACACAUCACUCCAGCACAACGUACUCUUAAAUGUAUCAACCUCCCCACACGUAGAACAGACAAACCAGCCUCCCUACACUCACAGCAUUGCUUAUACUUUAAGGCCUCACAAAUUCAUUAUUUGCAUGAAUAUAUAAAAUGAAUGUGUAAGCCUGACCUUCUUUGUUGAGGGAAAAAAAAAACAAUGCUCUCAUUCUGCCGUUUUAUCUACACUAUUUCAAUACACACUGCACCCAGCAGUAUUGGAGAGUGUCCACAGGGUGGUGAUAUGGAGGUGACCACAGGUUGACCUGUGUGAACUUACAGAAUGCUAUGGUAUCAACUGUUACUGUUCACAGCAUAGUCUUGUAUGCAGUUUUUAACCUUGGGAAAUGUUUAGAAAGCAGCUUUUCAAAAACAUGUCAUUUGUGCAGUCUUUGAAGAGAAUGUAAUACAGGUCUGACAUACACACACGUUGAUUGUUAAUGUAAAUUAAAUGUACAGUUUACUGUAGUAUUCCAUUGCCUGUAAUAUUUGGCAUGUUCAGAUUAAACUGACUUGGGGGUGUGAAUGCAUACUGUGUGAUCUUGUUUAGUUCCUAGUCUUUUUUUAAUUGAUUGAUUGAAGAUAUUCUUAUUCUGGCAUUAAUACUGGGUCUCAUACUUGUGAUAUGGUGUUCUGUUUGUUAGGCCUUUGUCUGUGGUUCUGUUUACUUCUCUAAUUUUCCAUCCAAAGAUCAUUGGCCUGACUGCCCACUCCAGGAUUAUGUAACAUUCAUGAUCAAUGUUACCAUUCUGUUUCUUUCUCUAGUUUCAAUGUUGUUUUCCAGUGUCUGUCACCAAUUGUUUGAAAGGGCCGGAAGGCUUCCCAAUAUGAACAAAAUGUAAAACGUGAUUUUCUUCUGUUUGCUCACUUGCAAGAAUACCAUGCAAAAAAUUUGAUUAAGUAUGUGAAUACCUGAUGCGGUGGCACCGUAGUUAUGGUAUUCCAUAUGGUCCUGACUCCAACUUUUGGCUUUGGUCUCUGAACAAACUCUUGAAAUUAUGCUCCGUCUUUACUAAUGAAAGAGGUUGUUGCAGCAUCUAUGUUCAGAGUUGCUUUAAAAACCUUUUUGGAAAAAACCCAUGUUUAUUAACAAAGAAAUGCGCAUGAGUACAAUAUCAUAUAGUGCAGAAAUGGGUCUGACUUUUUACCUGUGUUUACAGCACUCUUAUGAGGCAUUUUGGCUGCAUGAGGUCUUCCUCAAACAUAAGCCCAUUGUUUUGAUAGCAGAUUCUGCACGACUGCAUCUUUUUUGUGUGCAUUUAUCAGAUUAGCUCAUUUUGAGCUCUUACUAUUCUCCAUAUAGUUCCUUCUUAUAUUUUUUCUACAUAUUCUUGUUUUGAUGUGUUUUUAAAAUAAAUAUUCUAUUUUUUUGUGCUCAUUACUUUCUCAUGAUACAUAUUAUAAGGAGUGUGAAUGAUGGCAUCUCCUUUUGAUCAGUGCUGGUAUAUAGAGGCAAGAUCCCAGCCCCGGUUACACUCCUAUUGGCUAGGUAUCUUCCUCUGGGUAAAGUACCAAGAAUUAUUAUUAUUUUUUUUUGUGUUUGUAAGAUGUUCUACAUAUACCAUUAGAAAUUUGCAAAAAAUGUGCAAAUAUUUGUAUUAUCAUGAACAAUCAGCAAUAUUAUUGCCUCAUGUAACAUGGUGUUACACGGUAUAGGGUGAAAUUUUGCCCCAACCUGUGGGGAGUAGGCAGGUGUCUACUGAAUGUCCUGGGGUUAUUGCAACGUGAGGAUAAUGCAAGUAUCCCAUGUUGAGUGAGUGGUACUGUGUAUUUGUAUUUCUGCUUUGAGUAUUACUCCAGUUUCUGUGUAACAAGUAAUAAUUGCAAAUGGCAUCCUUUGCACUAUGUAAAUACCAGUAAACCUCUUGCAAGUAAUGUGAAAAGGAAUAUGGUUGUAUGAAGUAACUUUUUCAAGCACAUCACUUAUCUUUUUAAUACUGUAUAAGUUUGGCUCAGCUGUACAGCACGGCAGACUUUAUUUAAUAUCUGUCUUAUAACUGUUACUCAGUUUGACUGUCCUCUUUGAUUAUUGGUAUGAUUAAAAUGUUUUAGUAAAAGGCA